CUGACUUCUGCGGUUCGGCAUUGCACAUCCAAUCAUUUCCAUGAUGAGCUGAAUGCCUGCGAAUCUAUGGUUGACGCUAGAAGGUGCAGUGGCGUUAGACGGAGGUGUCUAUUGAGCUUCACCUUCUUCACAGUUGCAAGAGCCAGAAGCUCUACACUACUGUCGCAAGGGCUGCUCCCUGACUCCUUCACAGCUGCUGCAUUAGAUCAGGCUCAGUUUGGCCUUCUUGAUGCCAAGGCAGACUUUACUUUAUCCCAUCCUUUGUCACUGCGUGGGUCAAAGGAGCACACCACGCGAAUGUCUGAGAUCAAUUCAGAUGCUCAAGUGCAGGAGAUGAAGUCCAUUGGAGUGCUACACGAGGCUGAACUGGAGCUUGCGCAGGCAACUGCUGAUGAAGCCGCAGCAGAAGCACUGGCUGCAGAGGAGCUCCGCAAGGCCGAUGAAGCAUCGGCGCGUGCCAAAGCCUUGUCCAAUGCCUUGACCAAGGGCCAGGUAGAAGAGCUCAUGGAGAUCCUGAAGGUGCCAUUUUCGCCAGACAAAGACAUUGUGCCGAGUGAUUCAAAGGCCAUUUUAGUGAGCACGCAAACUGGGGUGCUUCAAGCACCAGAAGACCCGGCAGCCCCAGGCAAUGGCACUGAUUCCAGCGCAAGGAUGUGUGAUCCAAGUGUUGGUCUCCCAUGCAAAGCGCAGAGGGUCAUCACCUUUGACUACCGGCUCUCUAUGGGUGCUGGCUAUGCGGAAUGGGCUGCGCUCAUCACUUUGUGGGUCGCAAGUGUUUGGAUUGCCUGCUGUGUUUGCAACUGUGGUUUGCAUCAGUUCUGUUGCUGCCAAUGCUGGACUUGUGCAUCCUUGGUCUUUCUUGCCCUGGCGACGAUCACAACAAUAAUGAAAGGAGCUUGAUCAUUCAUAGCGAACCCAGUCUCAGAUGAAAUCCUGACGCCAGGGGAAGCAUAUCAGUGGAGUCUGUAGAGUGUGGAUCCUUC